ACCAUCUGACGUUCGAUCUAUAAUGCCUGCCGCCCAGUAUGAGUGUGUGUGAGUGUGAUCGUGAUAACGACGUAGUCGACGUACACCAAGUCGACAUUCGACAACGUCGUGAGAUCAUAAUAGAUGACGACACAAUGUGAAAAUACGUACGAAACUACGAAAACGGUGUGUAAAUAGAACUCGGCGAGGUGAAUACUUGAUAGCGAUUAUAUUGUUCAAUUAUUGUUGUUGUCAUUACUCAUAGCUCAUAAGUCACAGUGGCGUAGUGCCCGUAAUAGUGAGUGGCAGUGAGAUAAAAGAAGAGAAGAAAUAAAAUAAUAAAAAAACCUUUGCACUUUCCAUCGCUCUUACCUUUUGACGUUCAUCGGUAUUAAUUGCGUAUUUCCCAUGUAAAAAUAAACUCAUCGUCGUCGUCGCAAAGGAGAAGAAACCUUUCUGCUGUCUGCGAUUGAAUCGCUACCCAAGGUUCUUCAUAUAUAAUCAUAUCUUCGUCGUUGGGUACGUCUACACCACCACCAACAAUCGACCAUCCCGUCUAAUCGUCUAAAGCAGUUUUGAUCUGUUUUUCGCGACCUCAAUGGUCGAGUGUCGCAAGUCCGUCCAUAAUAUAAAAUUCAAGACAAAACGACUAAGUGAACAACAGUUAUGCCUAUUCAAGCUCCGCAGUGGACCGAUUUCCUGGCAUGCCCAGUAUGCUGUAAUGGUUUUGACAUCAAGACCCGACAUCCCAUUAGUUUGGGAUGCGCUCACACGGUGUGCAAAUCAUGCCUGUCAAAUCUACCAAAAAAACAAUGCCCAUUUGAUCAAAAUUUAAUAAACAUAGAAAUUGAUCAACUUCCAAUAAAUUAUGCUCUACUUCAGUUGGUGGGAGCAUCAAUACCAAACACUGAAAACAUUCCAAAAUCCAUGUUAAAGAAUAUGUCAUCUGAUGAACGGCUGCUAUAUAAUAAAUCAAAAAAAUGUGUGGAACAUUUAGCAUUAUACCUUAAAUCAUUUGCAACUGGUGGUGGUCAAUCAACAAGUUCUGGACUUUCGCGACCUAUGCAGCGUAAAUUGGUGACUCUAGUUAACUGUCAACUUUUAGAAAACGAAGGUCGUAUGAGAGCCAUAAGAGCAGCUAGAUCUCUAGGUGAGCGUAGUAUGACAGAACUUAUACUCCAUCAUCAAAGUGCUCAACAACUGUCUACAAAUUUAUGGGCUGCUGUUCGAGCUCGUGGUUGUCAGUUUUUGGGACCAGCAAUGCAGGAAGAAGUUUUAAAAUUGGUACUACUAGCUUURGAGGAUGGUUCUGCAUUAUCUAGAAAAGUCUUAGUAAUGUUUGUUGUUCAACGAUUAGAACCACAUUUUCCUCAAGCAUCUAAAACUAGUAUUGGCCAUGUAGUUCAACUACUUUACAGAGCUUCAUGUUUUAAGGUUUCUAAGCGUGAUGGUGAUUCUUCAUUAAUGCAGUUGAAAGAAGAGUUUCGUACUUAUGAGAGUUUAAGACGUGAACAUGAUGCCCAAAUUGUAGAAAUUGCUACUGAAGCCGGACUUCGCAUAGCACCUGACCAAUGGUCAGCACUUCUUUAUGGUGAUUCAGCUCACAAAUCACACAUGCAAAGUAUUAUGGAUAAGUUACAAAGUCCUCAGUCGUUUUCACAAUCUGUCCAGGAACUUAUUAUAGCUUUACAGCGAACUGGUGAUCCAGCUAAAUUAUCAUCGUUAAGAUCAAAUUUUGAACUUUUGGCUGCAGUUGACCCUAAUCCUAGUCUGGAAUGGUGUACUUGGGAAAAAUUGCAUUCUGUUCUUGAAAGUGCUAGAAUAGUAGUAGCAGGUUUGACUGAUUUUGUCAAGUCCCAUGGAAAUACUAAUAAAGGAUUAAAAAACGAAUCUAUACAAAACCAAACAAAUGUACCUAGGUAUAAAGUCAGCUUAUGCCGAGACUUAAUGAUGCGAGGUACAUGUCCAAGAGGUGGUGGUUGUACAUUUGCUCAUUCAGAAGAAGAAUUAGAAAAAUAUAGGAAUAAGAACCGGAAGAACAGUCGAUUAGCACCAAUGAUUGUUGAUCAUGAUUAUUUGACAAAUAAACCAAAUUUUAUGCCAAAARAACAGUUUGAUUUUAUCCAUAAUAAAAAACCAAUGAUGUUGCCUGAAAAUACUCAAGAGUUAACUCCUAUUCCUGUAGAACAUUCAUAUAUUGUACCAGCUGGUCAGAAUUAUUAUCAGAAUAGUCAACAACAAAUAUAUCCUGUAGGACAAUAUGGUCAUGAAAUGUAUGGUCCUGGACCACAUCCACAUGGUAUGCUAAUAAAUCCAAACAAUAAAAUGUAUAUGGAUCAAAACAUUCCUGGCCAUUCUAAUAAAAUGAAAAAUUUAUCGUCAAGUUUAAUGUCCCUUCAGAAUCGCAAACAAGAACUUAUGGGGCAAAUAGACAGGGUAAUGACAGCAUGUUCUAUUACACCGGAUCAAAUGGAUUUUGAUCGUUAUUCAAUGUGGGAUAAUGGAUUAUUUCACACUAAAACAGGACUGCCUUCUCCAGUCAAUAUUCAAACUGGACGACCCAUGUUAAUCAGGUCUGAUUCAAUAUUGGCAGAUCCAGAUGAAUUUGUGCCAUUUGAGUUGGCUGUUAAUGGAAAGUAUGGACCUAUUGGGGGUAAUGGUAGUAAUCCUGGAGCACCUCCUCCGCCUCCACAAUCAUCAACAGUAGUCAACAACAACCAAGCAAUUGGAGCAAAGAAUGGCAAAUCGUUGCGUAGACCAUGUACAUUGUCAAUACCAGCACCAGCUGCUGCUGCUGCUGCUGCUGCUCAAGCCCAAUUUUUCAGCUCUACAACUACUACGACCAUAACCACACCAUUAGGUACACUUCGUGGGGCACGAAACAGUCCAGUAGCCGCAUCUUGGUACUUCAAUUCACCUCAAGGUUACCCAGCCGCUGCACAUAUUGUUGCGUCACCUGUUGGUGCAAUUGGACAGAGUUAUAUCACUAUACAUAGUCCAGCUGGUAUCAUGGAACCACCAAACUUUUUUGGUAGUCAUAAAGCUCCCAAAAGCUUAAUAGCAGAAUCACAUAAAAUGAAAAACCAAUUGAAAAAUUUGGAAAAAAAAAUCAAUGAUCUUAAACUUGCUACUCAUAAUGUGGCCGCUAAAGAAACCGAUAAAUUGACUGAAGAACUGGCGCAAAUCGAAAGAGACAUUCAAACAAAAGAACAACAAUUUUUGACACAAUGGCAUUCUGAAACAGCCACAAUAACCACUUGGGGCGAUGGUAUCUGGUCAAGUACAACUUCUACUGGGUUUACCACUCAACAAGACGACGCUUACAACAGUAAUGGUGUAAAACAAGCUGAAUUAAAAUGGGAUGGUGGUGAAAAGAAAUCAGAAAUAUCUGUGGUAGAAGAAGCUUAAAGUCAUAGUAUUAAUCUUGGUGCACCAUAUCUUAACUAUUGUAAUAAUAUAUUAUUCAUAAUAUAUUUGUACUUCGUGAAUUUUACCAUUUUUUUCGCCAAACAACACAA